CUGGAGCUCAGAACCUCUGUAUCUCUUGAGGGACCACAGGGGUACAUGAGAGCCUCUUACACUUUCUUGGGGGCAAGCUGUGCCCCGUGAGGAUUUGGGUCUGGGGUAGAGCCUCCGGAGCCCGCGACCCCGCCAAGGACGUCUGAGGAAACGCCUAACACAGAGACGCCCGCUCCCGAAGCCUUUGCUCUCUCCCGGCCGUUGAAGGUCCCCAAGAGAGGGCGCCCUCCGGGGCUGGAUUGGACCCUGCUUCAUGGAGGCGGGACUCAGGGCUAGCGGGUGGAGGGCUAUUUAAGACUAGGCGGGGUUGGAGGUGGCCAGGGGCAAAAUGAGUGGGCUACCGGGCGCCGGGACCAGCCCAAGCCUGGGAGAGGCCUCCGACCUUAAGUUCCCUCUGGGCGCCAAGUUCAGGGAACCUCUCACCGAGGCUCGGUUCCAGCGGCUCUUCGGAGACGCAGAGCAGGCGCCGGAGCUACUCGCGGAGCCUCGCUCGUCCCGACUGUGCAGACGGUGGAGGCGGUUGGCCAGCGCUUGCUCCGGGCCGGGGGCGUGGCGCCUGCUGCGGGCGCGGCUGCCCCCGCUGCGUUGGCUGCCCCACUACCGCUGGCGGGCCUGGCUACUCGGGGAUGCCGUGGCCGGGGUGACCGUGGGCAUCGUGCACGUGCCCCAGGGCAUGGCUUUUGCCCUCCUGACCUCAGUGCCUCCAGUGUUCGGACUCUACACUUCUUUCUUCCCUGUCCUCAUUUACACCUUGUUGGGGACUGGUAGACACCUGUCCACAGGAACUUUCGCGGUACUCAGCCUCAUGACAGGCUCGGCGGUGGAACGGCUGGUGCCCGAACCCCUCGGGGGGAACCUGAGCGGAAUCGAAAGGGAACAGUUGGACGCUCAGCGGGUUGGGUCGGCUGCAGCCUUGGCCUUCGGUAGCGGGGCGCUGAUGCUGGGCAUGUUCGCGCUGCAGCUCGGCGUCCUGUCCACCUUUUUGUCGGAGCCGGUGGUCAAAGCGCUGACCAGCGGGGCCGCGCUGCACGUGCUCGUGUCCCAGCUGCCGAGCCUUUUGGGGUUGCCCCUCCCGCGCCAGAUUGGCUGCUUCUCUCUCUUCAAGACGCUGGCCGCUGUGCUGACCGCGCUGCCCCGGAGCAGUCCGGCCGAACUGACCAUCUCGGCACUCAGCCUGGCGCUGCUCGUGCCGGUCAAAGAAUUGAACGUGAGAUUCCGAGACAAGCUACCCACCCCGAUCCCGGGGGAAAUCGUUAUGGUGCUUCUGGCCUCUGUGCUGUGCUUCACCUCUUCCCUGGACACAAGAUACAACGUCCAGAUUGUGGGGCUGCUGCCUGGGGGAUUUCCCCAACCCCAUCUUCCCGACCUGGCUGAGCUGCCCAGGAUUCUGGCUGACUCACUGCCCAUCGCACUGGUUACUUUUGCUGUGUCCGCCUCCCUGGCCUCCAUCUAUGCAGACAAGUAUAGCUACACUAUUGACUCCAACCAGGAGCUCUUGGCACAUGGUAUCUCCAACCUCAUCUCCUCCCUCUUCUCCUGCUUUCCCAACUCUGCCACUUUGGCCACCACCAGCCUACUAGUGGAUGCUGGUGGGAACACACAGCUGGCAGGUCUCUUCUCCUGCAUAGUUGUCCUGUCAGUGCUGCUGUGGCUGGGGCCCUUCUUCUACUAUCUGCCCAAGGCUGUCCUGGCUUGCAUCAACAUCUCCAGCAUGCGCCAGAUGUUCUUCCAGAUGCAGGAACUUCCACAACUAUGGCGCAUCAGCCGCAUGGACUUUGCUGUAUGGAUGGUCACGUGGGUGGCUGUAGUGAUCCUGAGUGUGGACUUGGGCCUGGCCGUGGGCGUGGUCUUCUCCAUGAUGACUGUGGUCUGCCGCACCCAGAGGGUGCAGUGCCUGGCACUUGGACUUGCUGAGGGGACGGAGCUCUACAGGCCACUCGAAGAGAGCCACAAGCUCCUCAAGGUCCCGGGGCUCUGCAUCCUGAGAUACCCAACACCGCUCUACUUUGGGACCCGCGGGCAGUUCCGCCGCAUUCUGGAGUGGCACCUGGGGCUUGGAGAAGGACGCAAGGAGACUCCCAAGCUAGAUGGCCCACCUGAUGCAGUUGCUGAGCCUGUCAGAGUGGUGGUCCUAGACUGCAGUGGUAUCACCUUUGCAGAUGCUGCUGGAGCCAGAGAGGUGGUACAGCUAGCCAGGCGAUGCCGAGAUGCUGGGAUCCACCUUCUCCUGGCUCAGUGUAAUGGUGAGAGCCUCAGUGCUGGGGACACUGACCCAGGCAGGACUCUUGGACAGAGUGACCCCAGAGCAGCUGUUUGUGAGUGUCCAGGACGCAGCUGCUCAUGCCCUGGAGAGACUGGAGCCUACAGGUCCAAAGACCUGCACAGUGUGGGUCUGACCCGGUCAUUUGGAGUGUGGAGGGCCCCGACAAUAUGUGCGCGAGGAGUCUCCUCACUUCAUGUAACUAAUAAAACAAAGCUGAGAGCCACUGGGGUUCAUGAAGUGAGUCUGGGUAUCCACACGCCGGCCCUCGGUGUCCCUUUCUCCAUGCCCGCGGCAUUGCAGAGACACAACUAAAAAUGGCUUUCACUUGUGUGUUCACCGGCCCCCGCCCCAGCUCCGGAGUCACUGGUUCUCUCCACAGGGGUGGGGCUGGAACCGGUGCACAGAGUCCUGGAUCCAGAGAUGGGGGAGGGGGCACAGCCCUGGGAAUACACGUUGGGGGGCUUCCCCAUCCCCUCAGUCCCAAGGAGAUGAGAGUAUUUCCAUUUUAGGUUCUUAGAGUCCCCAUGGGCUUUUUGGCACUUGGAAAGUGACCCCCCCCCCCACUUCCUGCCCCAUGAGAAGAGGGUUGGGGGGAGGACUUGGCACUGGCCGUGGGUCGAGUUAUGGCUCCAUCGCAUCACUGGGCACUCGCAGAAAGGAGGAGUGUCACCAGGACAAGCCCCUAUUUGGGAUCGGAUUCUGAAGGGGAUCAGGGACAGUCAGUGGAGUAGUCACUGGGUGGUGGGUGGGGUUUGCUAGAAAUUCCUGGCAGGGACAAGGAAGCAGGCCCAGCCUGAGAGUUGGAAGGCCCCAGUGGCCAUCAUUCUGCGGUCAUGCACUGCAGCCGGUGUUUGAAGAAGAGUAGGCGGUGUUUGGCCACCUGACUUUCAUCCAGCGAUCCUGGGUAGCGGUACCGGGCAUAAGUCUCUGCCCCCACAUCCCUUGAGGUCCAAGGCAGUUUCAACUUAGAUGCAUGAUCCACAACGACGUCUGAGCAGGAGCCCACCCGCAGGGAACCAAGCCCGUCCAGGAAGAAUUCUGGCAGUGGAGGGAAGGGGAGUACACAGUGAAGCGUCUGAAGGGCGCAGAGGGCCGAGCCUUAAAGGGAGAACUGAGAGUUGGGGUACACAGGCUGCACCUGUAAAGACUCCUUUUGUGAGGGCCUUUGGGCUAGUCAAUUCAUUUGGGUCCUAGUUUUACUCUUAUGUAAAAUGAAGUCAACAUCCUUACUUUGUGUUUUGAGAGCAUACCCCCAUCCUCCCCAACACACACCUAAAUAAAUGUUCAAUAAAUGCUGAA